AUGGGUUCAGAUUCUCAUGACCAGAUUCCGGCCAUAGCAUUCACAAUCAACUCGCGGGAGGUGGACCGAGGAACUGAUGAGUGGUACCAUCUGUGCAAGAUGGUUCGAGAGGCUUGUGAAAAUUAUGGUUGCUUUGAAAUAGUGUAUGAUAAGAUACCUCCGCAGUUGAGAGCUGAAACCUUCUCUGUGUCAAGGCAACUUUUCAGCCUUCCACUGGAGAAAAAGAAAAAGAACCUUAAUCCAAAGCCUUACCAGGGUUACCUUGCACCAACUGUCCAGGCUCCCUUGUAUGAGAGCUUUGGCCUAGAGGAAGCUUUCAACUAUGAAUCCCUUAGAUGCUUGACAGAAGAAAUAUCGCCCAAUGGUCAUGACCAGUUUUGCACUGUCAUUUCUAUGACGAAGCAGCUGGAUGAGCUAAAAGAUAUGAUUAACUUGAUGAUUCUUGAUAGUUAUGGGUUGGGAGAGAAAUCAAAUUCGACUUUGCAGUCUAAGACACUGCUACGGAUAAUGAAAUACCUGGCACCUCCUUCAAAGGACUACACUCAGGCUCUCCCGGCUCACACUGACAAGGGAUUGGGCACAAUUCUUUGUGAUGAUCAAGUUUCAGGUCUUGAAGUUGAAACCAAGGAUGGACAAUGGGUCAAAUUGUCACUUUCUCCUCGUUCCUUCGUCUUUCUUGUUGCAGAUUCCCUCAUGGCAUGGAGCAAUGGAAGAAUGCAUUCUGUGAAGCAUCGAGUGAUGAUGCGUGGAGAAAAAGAACGAUAUUCUUUAGGAGCAUUUGCAGUUCCAUUGGAGGGUUCCAUCAUUAAGGCACAAAAGGAGCUAGUAGAUAAAGAACAUCCCCAAAUUCUUAAAGAUUUUGAUUAUACAGAUUUUAUCAAGUUCUUCGCUUCAGACAAAGGAAGGGCCAUUGACCCAGAAAAGCAAGUUUUCGCAUAUGCUGGAAUUAGCACUUGA